GCGAUCUUCAGUCCAAUAUUGUCCCUGCCCAUCCUGAAUCCGAACCGUUGUCUCCAUCGCCGCUAAAGGGUAUCUCCUGGUCCAGUGUGUCCACUUUGUUAUUCUUCCGUUAUAUUUCCAAGCGAUCUGUACGAACUCCUUCUAGCUCCCCUCGUAUCUUCUUGUGAGAGAAACUGUCUUAAUGCUGGCCCUCCCUUGACCCAUCCCGGCAUCUUUUUCACUUCCUGUUACACUUUUGCUUUCAUACUCUUGCCACACCGUGUAUUGCGACUUCCUCCUACCGAAUCGCCCAACGACUAGCAAUCUACCCAAGUUUCGUAACGAAUCUUUACCGAGGCGCCACCCAACACUUGACUCUCGGCUAUACCGAUAUACUCCUUGCAUAUUACUUCCGUUGCACCCGCGGGUUGAUAUAUCACCUCACCUCCACGCGUUCGAGGAUUCUUCCGUACACACUACCAUUUACAACUCCCACACGACCUCAACAUGCCUCCGGUAAGGACGACACCGCCUACAAGGCCAAUCAAAACUGAGCGAACACAUGAGGAGAACCAGGAAAGAGCAUAUAUUGCAGCCUCGAGGAGAAGUGACAGAAGCUUAGAGGCUCGAGUAGAGUCAGCACGAAGAGCUUCCGAAAUUCACAAACGUCGAACUGGUCGUUCUUUACGGGUGACCGAACAAGACGUUAUCAAUGAAGAAAUGUACGAAGAGGAGGACGAUGAUUUGCCUAUGCAGUACCGUCGUCUUACAGCACAUCUGCAAACAGGUUCAACCGACUUCAACCGAAGGCUAGCUGCCUACUUAACCAACCAGGUGGCAAUGCGGAGCGCAAUGGAACAGAUGGUACAGAAUUCCUAUGGUCAAUACCCCAACGGCCCGUACCCGCAGAACCAGAAUAUGUUCCCAUCUCCAAUGUUACCACCUCAGAAUGUGGCUCAGUCACCUCAGCAAUCUUACCGACCUGCACCUUACCAGUCACCUCAUCAGCCGGGGUACCGUUCCAACCAUGGUAGAGCAUAUUCUAUGGCCGCUGUGCCAAAUAACCAAGCUUCGGCAUCACCGCAGACAUCCGCGCCGCCCAUGCUGGACCAGCGUAGGAUGUCGACACCGGCUUCUAUCCAGCCCGGUGACACCAAGCCGGACCCCGAGUAUAUAAGACAGACUCAGUCCGCUACGAACGGCUCCUUCCCACCCCUGUGGCAGGAUAUGGGUCCUUUCACUACUUCGUUGCCGCCCGAGUCGCAGCAAAUGCUCGCUCACGCACCCGGCUUCGACUCGAACAACCCUAGUUACGCCAUGCUCAUGCAGGGUUCUGAUCAAUUGCUGUCGAACCCAUACUAUCCAUGGAACGAUAUACAGGGUGGCAUCAAGGGUAUGCCUGUCCAUCCUUCCGCCUAUCCGGGCAUGUCGGCCACUUUGGCUCCCGCCGCUCUCGAGCACGCCGCGGACAACAAGACCGAAACUACCACGACAGGAUCGACCCCGGCUGCCUCGCACUCUAACCAGCCCCCCACCCCAGCGGCUGAGUAUAUCAACCCACCCACCAUGGGGUUGGACUUCAACUUCUCCCAGGAGAGCAAGGGCUUCGGAUUCUCCGUUCCAGCUCUUGGAUCAGGGCAAGUCACCCCUGCCGGCGAAGGGUUCUGGGACCACUUCGUCAUGGACGGGUCCUGGGAAGAUGGCACAAGUCCUGCAGCAGUCACUCCCACCACUGGUCGGCAGUAAACCUGCUCGGUGACCGAGCUCAAAGUGAGCCACAACCAUGUUUUAUUUUUCAGUUUACAUCGGCUACGAUCGACAAGCCACAUACGGCUACAUCCGGUGUGUAUCCAUGAUGGAGUCCACCACACCAUCCACCUGCCUUGCCUCUAGUGGAUCGCAAUCCAACCGGUUUGGUUCUGCACAAGGCACCCCUGGCGUCGUCACGCCUGGUAUGGACAUGAAACAUGUACAUGAU